UCAUUUUAUAGAUGCACGCACGUCGAGCGUGUCCUAAGUACGCGCUCACCUCGCUCAAUUAUUAUUUGCAAUACUUCAGUUAGAUAUUAUAUGUACGAACGACUCGAUGCAUAUUUAUUUUAUAACUGCAGAAAAAAAGUGUAAUUUCAAUUAAUUUAAACUUAAAGUGAAUUGUAACUAAGUACUUACAACUACAUCGUUUACGUUUAUAAGGAAACACAUAUAUGUAUACGCCGACUCAUUUGAUUCAUUUGUCGUAUUAAAGUGAUUACUGUUUCAAAAGUUAUCAGUUCAGUCCGUAACUUAGUCGAAGACUGUAGUGGGCUUCAUACAAACGAAUUGAUAGCGAUAAGCUUAAAAAUGACAAAAGCUAAACAAGUAAAAUCAAAGCUGAAGAAAGAGGGGGAAUUUGUCCCUCCUGAUGGCGGCUGGGGGUGGAUGAUCGUCGUGGCAGCAGGGUUCUCUAACCUGUCUGCGCUGCCGAUACUGCAACAGUUCGGGCUCUUGUUCCGAGACAAGUUUGCUCGUCUGGGCAUCAGCAGCUCCGAGACAACCACUAUAAUCAACAUGAACUCCGCCCUGACCUCUUGCGUCGGCCUAGCAAAUGGUCCGUUGUUUAAAACGUUUACCUACAGACAGGUAUCUUUGGCAGGAGCUACGAUUGUAUUCAUAUCACUAAUAUUGACUACAUUUUCUUACAACUUCCUCACCUACCUUGUGUCAUUCUCAAUUUUAUAUGGUGCUGGCUACGGUAUAAGCAGUUCAGCAAAUGCUCUCGCAUUAAACACUUAUUGGAAAAACAGAAGAAGAUUGGCAACUGGUCUGUCAUGGACAACAACCGGCUUAGGGCCCAUCAUGUGGCCACAUAUCAUCACAGGUCUUUUUGCCGUCUUCGGAGAAACAGGCGCUAUCCUUAUCAUAAGUGGAAUUUCCUUACAUGCAAUAGCUUGCGCGCUCUUAUUGCAACCUGUAGAAUGGCAUACUAAAAAACCAAAUGAAAAAGAUGAAGAUACAGAGAAACUUUUGAAAAGUGAUACUAAAGAUGAAAAACUGGAGAAUAAAAAGCAAGAGAGUGGAUAUUUUAGUCAAAAGUUUAAAAACUUAAGUGCAUUUUCAAGUCAAUAUCUCUACAAUGAAGAUGACCCAGUGAAUCCUGGUUAUGAGAUCACAGACCCUGGUGUGCCCAUGAUGUUGCGUGCUAACGAUGGCUAUUUUAGUCAGUCUAGACAGUCUAAAAGCAGACUUUCCUCAAGAGAAGGAUCAAACAGAAAUUCUCAAAUGAAUUCUAGGCUUAAUUCUAAAAAGCCCUCGAUGACGAAUUUACUCGAGAAUCGAUCUCGUAAAUCAUCAACUUUGUACUUAAAUGAAUCGAAGAAAAACUCGUCAGUUAAUUUGGGAGCGUUGGCUCAAGAGCGUGAUACGUACAAACCGAAACGAAAAACCUCUAUUACCUUGGAAACACAAAUUCCAGAAUCUGAAAUAGAAGAUUGUCCUACAUUGAAGGCUCCUCAAGAUCUGAAGGCUGACGAAAAAGCAGUAGUAGAAAAAAUUGAUCCAGCUCACGCUAAAGUUAUAGCAGACAGAGCCGAAAAGCAUUUUGCUGGAAGCAAAAGUAUUAAAUCUUUUAAAAUGGAUGGUCAAUAUGGAGAAAAGUAUAAUAAGGAUAAUCACAGUAAUGUAUCACUAAAGAAAGAGCCUGCUGAAGAAAUGGAUGAGAAAAAGUACUUAAGAGAUAACCACAGCAACCAGUCGUACAGGACGCGACACAGGAGAAAAUCGAAUAAUUUUAAUUAUGAAAGUGAAGUUUUGAAACAGGCAUCACUAAAACUGGAACAGUAUUUGAAAGAAAGUGAGGACAAAAAUGAUAAGAUAAAAAUACUUAUUACACAAAUGGAUGAUGACGACAAUGUUUUUGAUGAGAAAAAAGAAGAUGAAAUAAAAGAAAAAGAAGUUGAAGAAGAGGAAGAAGAAAAACUAACGUUCUGUCAAAAAGUAGCAUUGUUCUUUGAUUUGGACUUAUUAAAAGAUUACACAUUCAUUAACCUUAUGUUGGGUAUAACUCUAGCAAACUUUAACGAAUUAAAUUUUUCCAUUUUGACUCCAUUUAUUCUCGGGGACUAUGGGAAAACUAAAUCUGAAGUAGCAUUGUUCAUGUCUCUUUUAGCUGGGGUUGAUAUUUGUGUAAGGUUCUGUAUACCUUUCGUUGCUGGUAAAAUUGGAUGGGACAACAAUUCAUUUUUCCUUUUUGGUGUGAUGUCAAUGGCUAUGGGAAGAGUAGUCUUGGCCUACUGUCAAAAGUACUACGUGGUUCUGUUAGUAGCUGUGAUGAUUGGUUUUGGCAAAGGAUUGCGAACUGUAUUCAUGGCCCUAGUUAUACCAACUCAUGUGCCAUUACACAAGCUGCCGGGAGCUACAGGGAUACAGCUGAUUACAGCUGGUAUGGUCUAUCUAACUCUAGGACCAGUUGUUGGCUGGAUAAAAGACAAUGCAUCUACAGCAGUGACGCUACACUGUCUCAACAUCUUCACAUGGCUAACCGCCUUAUCCUGGGGCCUAGAGAAAUUCAUAACAGCAAGACGACAGAAUGUGGUCGAAAAAGACAUUGUUAAAGCUUUAGUGAUUUUGAACCUUAAAAUGUCUAAAAUUGAAACGAAUAAAGUUCCCCCCGAUGGGGGCUAUGGAUGGAUUGUCACCAUAGCUUACGCUAUGAAUAAUGUUGUUGUACUUCCCUUAAUCGCCGGAUUUGCUCUGGUAUUGAACGACACUGAUCUGACAGCCACACAGGUCACAUUCGUCAUUGUAUUGAAUCACAGCAUUGGGAUGCUCCUGUCGUUUUUUGGCGGACCAAUGCUGAGUCGGUUUGGGUACAGAAAGGUCGCCGUGUUGGGCGCCAUUUGUAUAUCAUCUGGUCUGAUGAUUAUGUCAGCUGCAAAUGAAUUCUGGCAAUUUAUAUUAUCAUACAGUAUUAUUUGUUCAACGGGCGUAGCUGCAAUCAUGGCGGCGUUCACACUAGCAAUUAAUUCAUUUUUCAAAGAGAAAAGAGGAAGAGCCGUUGGUGUCGGCAUGUCUAUAACAGGAUUAGGGUCUAUAUACAUGCCCUUACUUAUGAGUACAUUAAUGUACGCUUAUGGAUGGAGAUACGCAGUAUUAAUUUUGAGCGCAAUAUGCCUCCAUUCAUUAGUGGCAGCGUGUUUACUUAGACCCGCUAAGUGGUACUUAAAAGAUCCACCCACAUCAGAAGAAGCAGUGCCUCUUAAGGAACCAGAGGUGGAACUUGUCAACGGCAGUGUAACACCUUCAUCUAAAACUGUUGGCAUUGCAUCAUUUCCACAAUUAGUUGACGAGUCUGGAGAAAAUGGUGUGCUUCCGUCCAAGAGUCUGUCAAUGCGAUCACUUACGAGUAGUUCUAGUCUCCAAACCAGAAACGCGAUAUCACAUCCUGACAUUCGGAACAAAUUGCCUGACGCUCCAUUGUCGGAAUCACGAUACAAGUGGUGGGAGUCUCAAGAAAUAAAUCUGAGUAGUUCCAUAAAUAUAUUUAAUGAAACAGAGAACUCGAAAGCAGUAAAUGUUCACGAAAAAGAGGUUGUAAAAGAGAAAGAACAUAAGGGAUACUUGCAGCAUUUCGUUCAGUUCUUUGACCUGACGCUUUUGAGCGAUCCGAUAUUUGUUAAUAUUGUAUUUGGUCUAUCAGUAGCUGCUUGCGUGGAGACAAACUUUUCUCUUCUGCUGCCCAUUAUUCUAAAAGACAUGAUGAAGUUUGAAACAAGCGACAUAGCUAAGCUGAUGUCCGUAAUAGGGUUCUCAGACACGCUGUUCCGAUUCGUUUCCCCAUUUAUCGGAGAAUGGUGCAACAAGUCACCGCGUGUCAUGUACAUGGUCAGUUUACUUAUGAUUAUCUUCACUAGAACCAUGAUGCUGUUCACGACAUCUUUCAUGGGCAUGUUGUUCAUCUCGCUCGCUCUGGGCAUCACUAAGGCAUUUAGAACAGUGUAUGUCAACAUUGUGAUACCAAACUACGUACCAAUACACAGACUGGCGUUCGCUUCCGGAAUCCAGAUGUUCUUCAGCGGCAUCACAAUUUUCACUAUCGGAUCCUUAUUGACUCGAGUACGCGAGUCAUCAGGAUCCUACAUCAUGCCCAUCAUAGUCCUAAACUUCGUUACUCUACUAACGAUAAUUUCUUGGAGCGCUGAAUUUCUAUACUUCAGAUUAAAAAACAAAUCGAAAUCUGAACCAGAACCCGUCACAUAGUAGUUGUAUACCUUUUAGAUCAUAAUUAAGUAUAGUAUAAUAUUUCUAUUUCAUUACCAAAAUAAACAAAAAGAAACCACGA